AUGUGUUUGCGAGUCGUUGACUUGGGUGUUUUAUGCACAAUGUUUAAGAUGGUUUACGGCUCUGAAGAGAGUGCUUCGGUGGGAGCUUAUAAUCUAGCUGGUACGGAGGAGUUAGCCAAAAAGGACCAUCCCUCCCGAGCACAUGCACAGGAGAGCAGAUCAUUCAGGAGGCUGGUGCAACGUGUUCUCACCACCUGUGCCCUUGCUACCGGCUCCAGCCAGACACACGUGUACUCUUCCAAAGGGUUAGGUCCCGCAAGCCCUCUCCUCACCAACCUCCAGCACACAGUCGCAGCCCCCCUCUCACUCCGGGAGGGGGCCCCUAAGCUCCCUCGGUCUCUCUCUCUCCCGCUCUCCCUCCCCUCCCAGAUCCUCUCCUCUCGCCCAGGGCGGAGUUUCCUCCUUCUGCUCAUUGUUCCAAACCGGAGUGCCCGCCCAGCCCCGCCGCCGCCGCCGCUGCCUCGGCCCCAGCACUGGCCAGCCCGCCUCCGUUACGGCGGCAGUCAGUUCCCUCAGGCUGCCCGCCGGCUGCAAGCUCAGCUCCCGGACUGCGCUGCGCACCCAGCCCCAGCUCUGCGGCAGCAACAGCAGCAGCAGGAGGAGGAGGAGGAGCAGGAGCAGGAGCAGCGGAGAGCGGAGCCGCUGAGCAGUCGCGGGGAGCCAGACGCGCGGCACCCGGCCGCGGGCAUCCAGAGCAGUCGCGCCCCCCACCGAGCCGCUGCCCGGCGCCGCGCCGGGGACAGCCAGAGCGGAGCCCGGACCGCGCUCUCCGGUUCCGAGACCGGAGCCUCUCCAUCCAGCACAACUCCCGCAGCCACCUGCUCCGGAGGCCCCGGCUGCGAGGACAGGAUGCGCUCGGCGCCGCUACCGCCGCUGCUGCUGGUGCUGCUGCUGCUACUGCCCAGUGGAUUGGGAAACGACGGAGCAGCAUCCAUGGAAGGAAUAAUAGAUGCCGCUGCCCCUGCAGCUGACCCUGAUGCUGCCCCUGAUGCUGACCCUGCUGCCACCCCUGCUGCAGACCCCGCUGCCGCCCCUGCUGCUGUCCCUGCCACUGCUGAUCCCGCCGCUGCCCCCGCCGACCCCACCGUUGCCGACCCCACUGCUGCCCUCAACCCUGCUGCCGUCCCUGCUACUGACCCUGCUGCUGCCCCCGCCGACCCCGCCGCUGCCAACCCCGCUGCUGCCCCCACUGCCGCCAACCCUGCUGCCGACCCCGCCGCUGCCCCCGAUGCCACCCCUGCCGCUGCCCCCAAUGCCACCGCUGCCCCCACUGCUGCCAACCCUGCUGCCGUCCCUGCCGACCCCGCCGCUGCCCCCGAUGCUGCCCCUGCCGCUGGCCCUGCAGCUGCCACCACCACAGUGUCUGCUGGAGGCUCCCAGAACGCAAACACAGAAACCAGAAAAUCACAGCAAAUACAACCCUCUUUGGCUACUACACCUGAAGUCUCAUCAUUUCCCAAAUCCCAGCCCAAGGACAAGGAAGGGGGCAGUACAACCACACAGAGCACUGCAGCCCCUCCUACUUUAACUACCGCUGCCUUACAGCCUACCAAGAACACCACCUCAGUGACACCCACCACAGACCCCAGGGCUUCGGCUAACCUGACUUUGCCCUCAGAGGUGAUAAAAACCUCCCCUUCACCAUCAGCUAUUACUAAGAAAUCGGAGGCUACCUCCUUACCAGAUGCUUCUCUUCAGCAGACCACAUCAAAUUUCACUACAUAUCCCCAAGACUCUGGGAGUUCACCUUCUUUGACCAGUCACAACACUUCCACUCCAGUGCCAGGAAACUUUUCUUCAGUUAUCCCACCAGAGACCAGAUUAACCCCCAAAACUCAACCAACUGUAGUUACCUCUGAGAGCACAGCUUCAGUUAUCCCUGGGGUGGUCUCUAGGGAGUCAACUUCAGCUGUAUAUGAGAAUUCUACCCUCUCACCUACUAGCCCCUAUUCUUCCCAUCACCAGCCUCCCGCCAUGACAACCUCUGGAUCUGAAAUUUUUUCACCCAUACCCAACAAGAUAACCUGUCUAGCUGACAGCUAUACAACAGAGAAUCUGCUCGUUCUGAAGAUGACCAACUUCAGUAUCUGUGAUGGUGUCAAGGACUCCCGGAACCAUUCCCUCUACAUGGCACUGUGUCGAGCAGGAAAGGCCAAUUUCAACAAGGACAGGGAUCUGUGUCACGUGCAGCUGGUCCCCCAGCCUGAGAAGCAGGAGGUAGCAGUUGUCAAAGUGACUCUACAAACACACCUUCAGCCCAAGGAGCUGUAUGAAGUACUGAAGAAGAGAUGGGAUGAUUUGAAAAAGUUGGGAGUUAGUAACAUGACGUAUGGAAAGGAAAGUCUGGACAAGGAAGUGGAGGACCGCUUCAGCAUGCCUCUCAUCAUCACUAUCGUUUGCAUGGCAGCCUUCCUGCUCCUCGUGGCUGCCAUCUAUGGCUGCUUCCACCAGCGCUUUACUCAGCGCAAGGACCAGCAACGCCUGACAGAGGAACUGCAGACUGUGGAGAAUGGUUACCAUGACAACCCAACACUGGAAGUAAUGGAGACUUCCUCUGAGAUGCAGGAGAAGAAAGUGGCCAAUCUCAAUGGUGAGCUGGGGGACAGCUGGAUAGUCCCUCUAGACAACUUGACCAAGGAUGAUUUGGACCAGGAAGAGGAGGAUACACACCUGUAAGGCCACCUGUCUGCCGGCUCUGACCACCGCCACUCGACUCUUGAGACUUAAUCACCCAAAGUGCCACUUGAGCAGGGGGAGGAAAAUCAACCCUCCUCCCCACCUUGAGAGAGACAUGAACAGGGAAAGAAACGAGGAGGGAGCAGAUGCCUACGUGGGGGGUCCCGGGUCUCCUCCCUCCCCACCCCACCUCAUCUCAUCUUGAGGGGGCGUCUUCAACUUUUUCAUUUUCUAGCCAAUGGAAACAAUUCAUCUUACGAGGUUGGAGGAGGGCAAAGGGGGAAUGGGAAAAUGGCCACAAAAUUUCCUCUGGAACUGGUCCUAGAUUUUGUGGUCAGGACAUCUAGAAAGAUGUGAUGGAAAGCAAAGCUGGUGGCAGUUUAUAUCCACUUGGAGAGUAUUGGUGGAUGAAACCUGUUUUCUAGCCUUUUCUCCCCUUCUCAGUAGCAAAGCUAUUUGUCAUUCUUCCCCAGCAUCCUAAGGGGCCCCUGGGAAGAGCACAGAUUGUGAUCCAUGGCCUUGAAUUUAUUGUAAACAAAAUUCCGAUUUCCUUGCUCACCUGUUUGGUUGAGGUGGAGAUUUUACCUGCCAGACCCAGAUGUGAAUUGUUCCUGCUCAAGGAAUCCUUCUGCAAGUGAGAGACGGAUGAAAACUUCCUGAAUUGACAUCAUACUGGCUGGCAGGAAGCCUUGGCACUCAGCACGGUUCUCUCACUGUUAAGACACUGUUCAGAUCGGGCCCAGGGGAAGAGAUCUGCCUGCCUCAUAUCCAGCUAACAUCUCGACUCUGCUGAAGCCAUUUGAGGACAUCAUUGCUUUCUGAUCUGCACAUAAUUUACCUAUUAGAGAGAAUGGCUCCCAGAACCCAUGUGACCCCCUCCCUCCCACCACUGAAAUAGAAGCUGCUUUUUGGGACAAAGACCCCCAACUCCUGAGGAUCAUCUGUCAUCACAGUGUCUUAAAAAAGACAAUCAAAUGCAGCAGGAAAGGGUAGGAUCCAUCCAACCCUACAUGUGAAACUCAGGGACUAACCAAGUUGCUGGGAUUUAUUUAUGAAGGAGGGAGAGUAAGUGGCAGACCCUCACCUCUUCCCCCACAAACACACCACCCCAAGAUCAAACUGUCCAGUGGUUUCUCUAAUUUCAUCAGUGUGAGUUCUGUCUCCAUUGGUGGGUAUCACAAGCCGUCCAUAUUUUAUCUUAAGACCAUUCUUGUCCACACUCAUUAGAUUUCCUACAGAGGAUCUACUAAGUGGGUUAGCAGCCUUCCCAUCCUUUUUUUUUUUUGUCCUUUUUAAUCUCUGGUACACACCAAAGCACUACUAGCCCAUCUUCUUUGCCCAUCAGGCAUAGCAUUGUUGGAUGUCAGCUAUAUAACCCAUUUAGGCUUACCAUGCAGCUAAGUAGUGAGUUACACUAAAAGACUUAUUUCAAUUCCAUUCCUUUAAAGACAGUACAUGGGUGGUUGUGGGUAGAAGUAGGGGCAUCCGGAAGUGUAGACCACAUCAUGAUGCUAGUAAAACCAAUCUAUUGAAAUCGUUAAAAAAGAGUUUUAAAAGCUGUAGUCAUUUAAAAGUUACCUAAAAUCACACCAUCUUAUAAUGUAUAGUAAAGGGCCUAUUGCUUAACUCUGAUUACUCUGGACCAAGUCAGUGGGAAUACUGGUACUUAAAACUGGCUCAUUUUUGAGAAUUACUAGGCCUUUUCACUCACGAUAUAUUUCAAAACUGACUUCGGGCAUCAGGUUUCCAUUCCUGAUUAUAGUGUAUCUGCUUCAAUUUGUGGACUUCCAGGAAGAAAGCAGACAUUCAAAACAUCAGGUGGACCUAAGGGUCCCCUAGACAUGGCCUGGAGUUUGGUCACACAGUUGAAAACGUCAGCUGGCAAAUUUCAUGUGUGCUAAUUUUUUUAUUUUUAUUUUUUUUUGGUGAGGCAAUUGGGGUUAAGUGACUUGCCCAGGGUCACACAGCUAGUAAGUGUUAAGUGUCUGAGGCCGGAUCUGAACCCAGGCACUCCUGACUCCAGGGCCGGUGCUCCAUCCACUGCGCCACCUAGCUGCCCCAUGUGUGCUAAUUAUUAACACGAUUUUUAAGUUUGCUCAGUUGUAGGCAGGCUGCGCUCCAGGUUCCGGAAACGUGGCGGAUGUUGGACGUCUAGCAACACCCAUUCCUGGGGAGCAGUGAUUAAUAUUCAGUAUUCAAACCUGUUCUCACUUUAUUUGGAAGCUCUGCUCUGGUUUUACUGUGGGGUGCCUCAGUUUCAGAAUUGCUCCCUGACUGCCCUGAUUUAAACCACCCUCCACUCUCUCCAUUUCCCCACCUCGACGGGCCAUCAGACAUCAGUUUUGGCCGCCUGUUUCCUGAGCUGCCUUUGGGUACUGGCGGUAGUUAGCAGCAGGGAGGAGAGACUUGCUAGGAACUGUAGUUUAGUGGGCUUUACCUUCUCAUUUUCUCUGUGUCUGUGAGAGUUUUGCAUGGAGUUUGCACCCAUAUCCAAGGCCCCAAGUGCUAGGGCCUCUGGAGGUUGCUGUCUCUCAGGCUCCAGGAAGCAGCUGUUAGACUAUGAGUGCCUUUUGUGGCAUUGAUUCUUUGUCCAGGAGGCAGCAGGCCUUUUUUUUUUUUUUUUUAACAGGAUUGACUUGGGUCCAUUUGAACACAUUGCCUGGAGGAUACAUAGCAGUUUCUUCUGAUAGAGGAUAUCGGAGUUCUGGUUGAAUUGACCCAUUUAGGAGUGCGAUUUUUAAAAAUACUUUUUAAAAAAUACUAGACUUCAGAUUGCUUUGGAGUAGAAAAUUUCUGGUCAAGAUUUUGAGGGAGAUAAGCCAUCACUCUGAAAUUUAGAGGUUAAGUGACUUCUUCAGCACCCAACAGUAGAGACUUUGUCAGGAUUUGAAUGCAGGCCUCCCUGAUUGAGGCUGGCUCUCUAGCUAUUGCCAAAGUUGCCUCACUUGGGUUAAAUUUAAAGGGUCCAAAGCACAAACCCCUCCUCAACCCAAGAACUUGCCUCCUUGCCUCUGCCGAUGAGUUGGGACAACCCCCAGGCAAAAAGGACCUUUCUACCCAGCUGUGGCUCCCUGACUCCAGAGCUCUUGUUGGCCUGCUUGCUCUUUUCAAAUGCCCAUGCCUUAUCAGUGGGUGAAGACUUAGGAAGCUGAUGCUAACUCCUGCUGCCUUUGACCCAGGCAUUGACAGUAUCUUCCCAGGCACAAACAUCAAACCAGAGGAAGCUUUGUGUUGGGAGCCAUAGGGCAACAUGUCUUCAGGGAUGGGACAGUUGCAAGAGCAACUGAGGCCUAGACUGGGAUAAUUCAGGUUAUAGCUCUGUUCUGAAAAAGUUUUAGGAGGUUGAAUACCUUCUCAAUCAUAGGUACCUUUCUGAAAUUCCCCAGAAGGCCUCAGCAUCUGGAAAUCUUUUAUCUGGGUAUUACUAUAGCUAUGACACAAAAUCUAGUACAUUCUGCACCCCCCCAAAAGACAAAUUGGGGGGUUACCCCUAAAAGCUCAAAUUAUUGGUUGGAAGAAGACAGUAUUUAGUAAGCAUGGAUUCCCCAAAAGGGCAAUGCUAAAGAAGAAUUUUGAACUUCAUUCUUUAAAAAUAAAAUUUUAUCUAUCUUUUGUUUUUACAUUGCCUCAAUUUUCCUCUGGAUCUCCCCCCUCCCUUCCUCUUCCUAGAAUCUGUCUCAUAACAAAGAAUUCUUUUUUCUUUUUAAGAAAAAAGAAACUUGGCAGAUGACAGGUUUCCGGAGGCUGCCUGAUAAUUGAGCUAGAUGUCAUGAACCAGCACCCACUGAACAAGCCACCAGCUGCCAUCCAGCAAGUAAACUGGGGGGUGGUGUGUGUGUGGGGGCAUUGACAGAUCACUAAAUAAAAAUACAGAACUUUCCUUCCCAUUUCAAGGAAGGAAGCUAUGCCAUUAUAAGUAAGUCAGGAUAAUAUAGAAAAGGUUUUUUGGUCUCUCUCCUACAAGUGAAGCUCAAAGCAGAAGUGUUAUUUAAAUGCCCAAAUGUUUGAUCUUCUUGAUUGAGUUCUAGACAGAAUUCAGGGCAAAAAGUCCACUAUAUAUCUAUAUAUAUGAUAGUCCUUAAUUUUUUAAAAAAUUAAAACAAUGCAUUGGGCCAGACUAGCAUUCACUCAGGGAGACCCUAAGAACAGGGCUUUUUAACCCUCCAUUUCUGGUCAAUGGCAUGCCCAAAGGGACCAUCAAUGAGGGAGGAAAGCCAAUGAACUGUGUGGUGAGAAUGGACCAUCUAGUUUUGCAGGUGAUAAAAGCUGAGAUUUAAAAGAGGUGGUCAUUUGUGAAGGAGGGUCGCCAAGCUCCUCGCUGGCAGAGCCUGGACUAGAAUCGUGUGUCUUGAUUCUAGCUCAGUUAUUUUUUUGUUUGUUUGUUUGUUUUUUUGCAGGGCAAUGAGGCUUAAGUGACUUGCCCAGGGUCACACAGCUAAUAAGUGUCAAGUGUUUGAGGGCGAAUUUGAACUCGGGUCCUCCUGAAUCCAGGGCCUAGCUGCCCCAUAGCUCAUUUAUUUUUACUGCUCUCUAGCUGCCUCCUUGGCCUGAAGGAAUAAAAGGCUCUCCUCAUUCUCAUUCAAUGUUCCUUGGCAGCUAUAGGGUCAGCUGUGCAACAGGGGAAAACGUCUUUGUAAAUGCAAAGACAAUAUAUUAUAUCCAAAUAACAAAGUAGUAAGCUUUCUGUUCCUUAGGUGAGGAAGACAAAUUUCCCUUUAAAAAAAAAAAAAAGCAAACCACAAAGAGCUUGGUCUCAGACUCAAGAGGUUGGUGUUGACCAGAAAGUGGGCUAGCAGGGGUUCUGGAACAUUGACUGGGUAGGUAUCUCUUCCUGCCUCCCUAGCUUGGGAUCGUUUUAGCAUUUAGCGCCAGCCCAAGUAGAGGUCUCCACCCAAUCCUUAGGUAUCAGCUUCAUACUUGCUGUGGUCUAGUCAUUUAUCUAUGGUGAGAGUUGUCCUCCUUGUGGAUACCCGCCGGAAAGGCUUUUGAGUUCCAAAUCUUUUGAAUUACCUAUAAAUCUAUCAAGUGCUGAUCCGUCUGAAGUAAGUUUGUUAAUGCUUUCUUUAGAUCUAUUUUCAAAGGAAUCUUCUGAGAAUGGCCUAUCCUGUUUGUAUCUUUAGAGAAUGAGGGAAGAACUGAGUGUGACUGAUAUGUUUGGAGAGGGGAGGAGAGGGGAAGGGAAGGCUGAGCAUAGAUUCCAAAGGGCCAAAAGAGAUAUGGCUGUCUUGCUCCCUCUUGAAUCAUGCAGCCUCUCGAUCACAGGCCCGAGACUAAAAGGAACAAGUUGCUCUUUAUUAGAAAGAGUCUCUUGGAUGGUGGGAUUCUGUCUUUAAAAUCAUUUUCAUAAUUACCCAUGGAAAAUGAGUCCCUUUCAGGUCCAGGAUUUUUGUUGGCUUGGUUAAAAACGGACGGGGCUGAAGAGGGGAAUGAUGGCAUUCCCUGCCUUUCUCUCUUGGCACAUUCGCUGUAGAAGACAUCGGGGCCCAGACACAAGACUAAAAGGCAACACUGUUCAAAGGGGCCUUAAAAAAAAAAUUAGUUAAUGCCAUCUACACUAGUAAAGGACAUUUCUCCUGGCUGCUAUCAGGAAGCAGGAACAGAUGUCUGAAGUACACUGGAAUUUAUUGAAAAACUGGAUUGUAGAGAUUAUGGUGAAAUUCUUUCAUUUUCCUACAAAACUAUAUUUUGGAAAACUAUGCUGUCAAUUAAAGUUCUUUUGUGUAAAGUCUGUCUCAUG